GGCUCCCAGCCGGCUCACACCUGCAACAGUUUCACUCCAUCCUUCCACAGUUUUUAUGCUUCUCUUUCCAGAGCCAUCAAGAAAUGGCCUAUCCACUGCCUGUGGUAGCCCAGGAAGAUUUGGAAAGCUUUACAGUGACCAGAACAGGCUCAGGCUUUGCACUCAAAGCCUUCCACAUCUCUUGGAACACUCCCAUCUCUGUGAAGCUGCUGAGCAGCCAGGACACUACAGAGAGGGAGUGGAAGUUGCUGCUUCAGGAUAUAGCAGCUGUCAGAGGUUGUGAGUCUGAACGUCUCCUGCCUCCCCUGGGGAUUUACCAAUGCCAUGGACUCAUGGGGUUGGUGACUGGAUGGAUGGACAAUGGAUCCCUGCACUCGCUCGUCCAUGAGCGUCAGCUGUACCCAGAACUUCCAUGUCCCUUACUCCUGAGGAUCCUGUCAGAUGUGGCUGAAGGGCUGCAUCACCUUCACAGCCUCCAGCCUGCCUCCUGCCACUGCAGCCUGAAACCUUCCAAUGUGCUUCUGGAUGGACAGUACAGAGCCAAGAUAUCAGAUUAUGGUCUAACCAACUGGAGGAAACAGCAGCUGAGGUCAGCCCUGCAGAACCAGAGGAGCUGCCAGGAUUUAGUGUACCUCCCUCCCGAAAUCCUUGAAGGAGGCCUUCCUUCCCAGGAAGGUGAUAUUUACAGUUUUGGAAUAAUGUGUUGGGAGAGCCUAAGCAGACAGAAACCUUUUGAAGGUCAAACAGCCCUGCUGGAGGUUCUGACAGGAAUCUGCUGCAGUUCCCGGCCUGGCCUUUCAGAAGAGUUUAUACCAAGCAAUUUUCCUGAGAGGGACAGACUAUUGCACCUCAUUGCUCUGUGCUGGCAUCAGGAUCCAGCUCACAGACCACGGACUGCAGAAUGUGUAGAUCUUCUAAAUGGAAUUUUGACUAGUAUAAAUAAGGAGGUAAUUUCCACAGCAAUCUACAGUCUGAUGGAUGCAAAGGAGAGAGCGCUUGAUGCUUGCAAAGGCUCAGCCCCGUACACCCUGCAGACAGGCACCUGCAACUCAGAGAUCAUCAGUCCACCAAAAAACAACCGCUUAAUCAGCAAGAAAAUUCCUUUCAUAGUGCCAAGCUCAACUGGCCUACUUGAUAGCAGUGGAAAUAAUGCAGGAAGAGAGAAUAUUCUUGAGAUGGGUCUGUCAAAUACUAUCCCACAGAAUGCAAAAACAAGAAAAGAUCAUCCAGGCUCUGAGAGUAGAAAACCACACUUGUUUAGGAAGAUUGCUUUAUCUGGUUCAGCUGCAGACACACAAAGCAGUCAGGAUGUGGCCCCACUGCUGGCUCUCCAGCACAGCCCACAGCCAGUGCACCCUGGACAAGCAGUGACAGGUCCUUGCUGCAAAGGAAACUUCUGUCAAAUCCUCACCUGCCAGAGACAGAGCAUACUGAGCUGCAUGACAGAGGGACGCCUGAACCACCUGCUGGACGUGCUUCGCUCGCAGCAGACGCUGUCCCGGCCGGACUACGAGACCAUCACCUCCCACCCCACCGUGACCGGCCGGGCCCGGGCCCUGCUGGACACCUGCCUGUGCCUCGGGGAGAGGGCAGCACAGGGGGUGCUGACUGCACUGUCAGGGACCAAAUGCACUCCUCUGGGACAAGUCAGCCACUGCCCAGCCUGCCCUCUGAGGUGAACAGGCUGCUGCUGUGAUGCAGCUCUUCGCAGUGUUACACUCCUCUGAGCACCAGUGCUUUGUCAGGGCAGUGACUCACAUUGGCUCCUCAUACCAGCGACCAAAGUCAAUCCUUCCUACAGCCCAGGAGUUUUGUAAGAUUGAAAGGCUUCAGAGAAUCAAGAAGUAUUUCUUCAACAGGGCCUUAAGGAAGACUUGGAAGUUGUUCUUGGAUGGGAGACUGCCUGGGAAUACUGAGUGCUGGAGGCUUCCUUGCCUUCUUCUGAACUUAUCCAUGGGCACGGAUGCUUUGGAGUGUCCUGCUGCUGCCUGGACUCAUCCACAGGUCACAGACCCUUUGAGUUCACACUGGAGUUCCAGUUUGUCCAGUACACAGAAACACUGCUGUUAUCAAAAUGUUCCCAGGCACAGCAGAGUAAGAUAAGUGGUACAGCAAGCAGUGACAGCAAAAAGCCAGCCACCAACAAGCACUAAUGUACAGGAGGCAGCAAGCCCCAUGGCAAGCACAGAGCCUGUCAACAGCUCAACAGCAAGAGCAGCUAUAAAUGUGAUCUAGCACAUUCCAAUCAAAUCUGGUGUUGCCUUGGACCCUUCAAGCCUUGUAUUGGGUGCUGUGACUGUGUAAGCUCUGCUCAGCAAUAACAAAAACACCCCUGAAUUAUCGACACUGUUCUCGGCACAAAUCCAGAGCACAGCCCCAGAGUGGCUGCUACGAAGAAAAUUAACCCUACCCCAUCCAAAACCAGCACGACUGUGAAGGAAAAUAAGAUUACUCUAAUUAUAAUGAAAAUGAUGAUAUAAGAUGCCAGUUUUUUGAAGGCCCAGUGGGAUUUCAAGCUCCACAGCACCAGAUUAACAUGAGAAUUUAUACAAUCUACAGGUAUUUCAAACACAGAACCAUGUUACUCUGUUUCUCUAUGUUGCUUUUGUUCUCUCUGCAGUCUCAAAGUGCUCACUGAAUUCAGCAGUUUGGCAGAUUGCAAUUUUAAGUACAGUAAUAUGUUGUCUAGGCACACUUAAAGAGAUAAGGAAUUUGUUACAUCAAAUUUCCAGCUACAGUACUGCUGAAAGCACAAACGUAACUUUCUUUUACAUAACUUAAUUAAACUUUGAGAUUGUCUGGAGAUAAAAUAUUGUUACGAUUAAAAGCAAUGUCUAUCAGGAUGUGUUGACAAUAGUUUUGCUUAUUAAAGGAGCUAAAUAUCUAUUUCACAGUUAAUUUUUUUUUCAAUCUACACUUUAAAUGUGAAUUUUCAACAGUCUCUGCUAAAAAAGGGAUGUGAGGAAAAGAACUGCUGUCACAGGGUUUUGCCUCUUUAGAAGGCAUAAAAUAAUCUGAGCAAAACAAAUAAACAUUCACCUGUGGGACACAGUUCCCAGUUUUUAAAAGAGAAACUGGCAAUACUGCUGAAACAAUUAUCAGCUUCUGUUGGACACUUUAUGCUUCUGUGACAGAUGUGCUGGCUGGCAGGCUAUGCUGAUUUUUUGUCAUUAUGUUUUUGACACAGAAAUAGUUUCAGCUCUUUCCUAGAAACAGCUGCCUACUUCAGAAUAUAAUCUGAUGCCAGGCCUAAACCCAGUCUCCAAUGUUAAAUGCAGAACUGGCAUCAAAGCAGUGGGAGCACAAGUUAUCAGCGUGAUGGUUUUGAAGGGAUGAUACCAGUUUGUUGGAAUGACACUGCUGUUGAUAUAAAAAGUUCUGAUCCCAAACUAAAAUACAGUAAAGUGAAAGCAGCACCAUUUUGUCUCACCAAAAAUCUAAACUCUCUUAAGGCCUUAGUGUGUUGGCUGUGGAGCAGUGUCUGAUGCUGCUCACUGGUGUGGAACAUCCAGCUGCUCAAAGCCUGUGGUGUUCUGAGUGUGCCCAGGCUGGUGGAACAUCCAGCUGCUCAAAGCCUGUGGUGUUCUGAGUGUGCCCAGGCUGGUGGAACAUCCAGCUGCUCAAAGCCUGGGGUGUUCUGAGUGUGCCCAGGCUGGUGAAACAUCCAGCUGCUCAAAGCCUGGGGUGUUCUGAGUGUGCCCAGGCUGGCUCUCCAGCUGAGAUCCUAUGGCCCUUGUGCUGCAGUUACCUUGCUACUGCAAAAUAGGGUAGAAUAAACAGCAAAGACAGAAGAAUCAAACUGUUCUUUAGUAUCUGUGGGAAGGAACAAGGCUUGAAUGUGAACAACUGGAGUUCCAGGAAGGAAAUAUAAAACAUGGGAAACUCUAGACAGCAAAGGGGAUAAAAAAACAAAGUCACUUCAGGACCAAUUAGGAAAGCUCUCUGCUGCAGUUACUUAGAAAAAACAAAACUAAAAUAAAUAGAUGUUAAAAAUUACAAGUCAUAUUCAAAUUUCAUGAAGGUAUUUAAACUUAUUAAAGGAACAGUAAGUGGGGUAGGUAGACGGUUAUUUUCCUGACUUAUUGUAAUGUAUUUUUCUUCUUGAUGCUGGUUGCAGCUAUCUUUUGCUGAUUUGCAAAAAGAUGACUGUCCCUUGCCCUUUGUCCUAUCUAUACAACACUUUUAUCUGAGCUGGGAUACUUCCUGCAAUGUAAGAAUGUCUGCACUAGAAUUUGCUUGAGGUUGAUUUGUGGAAAAUUAAUCUGAGAUACUGGAAUGAAAUGUUUAAGAGAUUAGUUUUUCCAGGAGAGAGUAAGACAAACAAAGCUAUAAAUACCACUCAAAUGCUGUUACAGUACCUGCUAAACAGUUCCAGAGAAAUCAGAGGAAGAUAACAAGUGCAUAUUCAUAAAACACUAAUCUACAAAAUUUCAAAAAAUGCAUUAGUGGACUGCUGGCAUACACAGAAUUUUACACCACGUGAGUAGUCCAAAAUGUACAGACCCUAAAGCACUAAUGAAAACAUACUAACCCUCAAGGGUUCUUAUUUUAUUGUUUCAAGUCUGCAUUCUACAUAACCUUGUAAACAUUUUUCCUGCUUGCACAGGGUUAGUCACUGGAGCUGUUCAUGUGCAGAUUUGUAAGGCAGGCUAAGUGCAAGUACCAAUACUGUGCUAGGGAAGGACCCAAACAUCCUGCAGGCAGGCACAGACUAAGGUUCCUUCCCUGCUGUUUGCUCAGUGCUAUACAGCUGUUACCCAGCAUCUCCUCAAUAACAUGCUGCCUCUCAGCCUGCUGGGGUUUUUUAUGCUUCAAGAAAUUUUGUCUUGCACUAUAUUCCUUUUCAUUCUUUUCCUGCCCCCUUCUUUGCAAAAUACUUUCUGGGUGCUCAAAAGGCCUUAGCAUAAUUUGAUUUUUUUUCCUUUUCACGACAAGUAAUCCCUUCCUUGCUUGCCUGGUCCUACAUUCCCUUAGCUGAGCACAUGGUUGACUUGACAGCUGGUAUGUCAGCUGAGUUAAACAAAACUCCUGGGUUUUGAAGGUAAGUCCACCAUAAAUUAAACUACCUGACAAGGUCUGAAAAGAACAUAAUUAAUGAGUUAUUUGUGUUACACUAAAGUCAGCAUAGCUGCAAGAACAUAUUAAUUGUAAGCAUUUUACUUAACCCCAGCAUGACACAAAUGGCAGACAAGAAGCUCAUACAUACUGUUUCCAGCUCUUGUAAUGACAGAAAUUUGUGAUCAGUAUUUCUUAUUUCCUGCCUUUAUUUCUCUUUGCUACGAAUACAUCCCAAGUAAGAGUUACAGAACUCCUUCAACCAGGAUGAAUUAAAUGGCAGUGAUUUAGAAUAAGAACUUAUUCACCCCUUGAAAUGUGACAACAUUCCAAAAUACCUCAAUAUCACAUAGCAAGCAGAACCUUCCAAUCCAUACAAGCAGAAAGCACAGACGAAUUUCACCCUCUCAGAAGUAACCUGCCUGUAGUUCAGAAAGUUCUGUACAGUUAAUCCUUCCCUUAGAUUUCAAGAAAAAAUGUCAUAUUAGUUAACAGAAUGACUACCAACAUUAUAUUUGUUUGUCCUUUUGGGCGAAAAAGGGCUCAAAGCUUUUUUUCAGCUCAUUAGAAUGUCACCAGGGGAAAAAGAUAAAAAAUGAGAGAAUUGACUAAGGAAUACACCCGGAAAAUUAAAAAACCCCUGACUGCAUGAGACUUUUGACAGCCCUCAGCUCUAAGCAUGGACUGAGGAGAACCCAGGAGGGGGAGAAAGGCAGGGAGGAAACCUGAUGUGUAAGGACAGGUUGAUAAAGUUGUGUUUGGUCUAGCAAACAGGAGAUGAAGGGCACAGCAAAGAGUGGAGCGGGGUGGUGAGCAUGCAGUGAGGAAAGAGAGCACCUGCUCUGUUCUUCUGGCUUUGUGAUUCUGGAGUAGCUUUCAAACAGGGGCUUAAAAAAGAUUUAAAGGCCAUUAUGAAGACAGGCUCCUUCUCCACAGCCAGAGAAAUUAGCAAUAUUCAUGGAACUUGUUUUUUCACCUGAUCAAGAGUUCUUUAGUUGACAAAAUUAAUAUAAACAACAGUGAUUUGCUAAGCUUUGUUACCUCAGGCUGUUCAGUUUAUUUAUGCAAACUACAAAUGUUUAAAUCGAUGUAAGGGAGAAAUGAAUGUAUUUUUGCUGGGAGUUACAUAACAUGAAUAUUUAUAAGUGGUGUAGGCACUCACUAUUUAUUUCACUAACACCUACCUGUGAAGUCAUGUGCCUGUUAGCAAGUCAGCCACCAGGACGAUGGACUAGAGAGAAUUUGAAUUAAAGAGCCCUGGAGAUUACUUCCACCCUUUACAGUGUUUCUGUGAAUUCUAAAAGGAAAAGAAGGCUUUCCUACAUUUUUGCCUCUCUGCAGAUAAUAGUUGGUCAUCUUCUCUCAAAUACAAUGAAAAUCUUUUCCAUUUUUAUUAAAAGGUAAUCUUUAUUAA